AUGUUAAAAACCCGGGAUGUUAUUCUCUCGUGCGUUUUCGUCGUGCACGUGGUUCUCAGUGGACGUGCCCCUGCAGUGGGGACUGACCCAUCAGAAUGCCGCUCACUGAUGGACAUGUAUUUCGUGAUUGACGGCUCCGACAGUAUAUCCGCCCCGGACUUCGUUACCCUCAAGAGGGCGAUGGCCGGCAUGGUUCCCCAAAUCGAUCUGGGCCAAAACAAGGCCCGGAUAGGAAUGCUCGUGUACAGCUCCAACGUUCCGGUCAUGAGCAAGCACAGCUUCUCAUACGACGCGGGCUAUCUCAUGAAUGCCGCCAAUACCUUGGAGCACCCCAGGGACGGCACAAACACCGCCCUGGCAAUCAAGGAAAUGACAGAAAUCUUUAAAGCUAACGGCCGCCCAAACGUCCCAUGGACAUGUGUGGUCAUCACCGACGGUAUCAGCAAGGAUCCGUUUCAAACUAUGCAAGAAGCAAAGAAGGCCGAACUGAUGGGAAUCAAUAUGUUCGCUGUGGGCGUCGGUCAUCUCAUCGCCCGCGAGGAGCUGACCAAUAUUGCCUCCACGCAGCUCCAGGUGAUGACCAUCGACAACUUCAGCCAACUCAAGGACAAACUGGCGAGCAUGAUGACCACCAUUUGCCCAUGCCCCAUUCCCCCCGUCGUAACUUAUGCGAAAUGUUCCGAUGGCGCCCGCGCGAUAGGGACGGUGCGACAAUAUCAGUGUCUGGACGGGUACCUUCAGAGGGGAAACGGUGCUAUCACAUGCCAAAACGACUUCACCUGGACCCAUCUAGCAACCGACUUCGAAUGCGUCCCCUGUUCCGAUCAAACCCCGGUAGUUCAGCACGGAACAUGCGGUGGAGGCGAUGUUCUCAUCGGGUCAACGAGACUUUUCACAUGCGCACCCGGUUAUUUGGCAGUUGGAAAUCCGAUGAUCACAUGUAACCCUAUGGCGCAGUGGACAGUCCCCGACUUUAAAUGCAUACCCUGCGGUGAAACCCCAACGAUUCCAUACGGAACGUGCGGCGGCGGUGACCACACGCUUGGAGCGACCCGAAUGUUCACAUGCGAGCCCGGUUAUUUGGCCGUAGGUAACCCUAUGAUAACUUGCAAUCCCCAAGCACAGUGGACAAUUCCCGAAUUCAAGUGCAUCCCUUGUGGUGAGACUCCAGUCAUUCCUUUCGGCAGCUGCGACGGUGGAGACUUCAAAAUCGGUGCAACCAGAAAGUUUACAUGUCAUUCUGGCUAUCUGGGCAUAGGUGACCCUAUGAUCACUUGCGAUCAUCAAGCGAAAUGGACGCAGCCUUCGUACAAGUGUGUCCCUUGCGGUGACACUCCAACUAUUCCACACGGCACAUGCGGUGGUGGUGACUACACCAUCGGUGCGACCAGGGCGUUCACGUGCAAUACCGGAUACCUUGCUGUCGGAAAUCCAAUGAUAACCUGCAAUCCUCUGGCGCAGUGGACACUCCCCGACUUCAAGUGUAUACCCUGCGGUGAAACCCCAACUAUUCCAUACGGAACGUGCGGUGGCGGUGAUUACACGCUUGGAGCGACCCGAAUGUUCACAUGCGCCCCCGGUUAUUUAGCCGUAGGUAACCCAAUGAUAACUUGCAAUCCCCAAGCUCAGUGGACACUCCCCGACUUUAAGUGUAUACCCUGCGGUGAACCCCCAACUAUUCCAUACGGAACGUGCGGCGGCGGUGACUACACGCUUGGAGCCACCCGAAUGUUCACAUGCGAGCCCGGUUAUUUGGCCGUAGGUAACCCUAUGAUAACUUGUAAUCCCGAAGCUCAAUGGACACUCCCCGACUUUAAGUGCAUCCCUUGUGGCGAAACCCCAACCAUUCCACACGGAACGUGCGACGGCGGUGACUAUAAAAUUGGAGCGACACGGAAGUUCACGUGUGAAAACGGAUACCUGGCUGUCGGAAAUCCUUUAAUAACAUGUAAUGAUGCUGCACAAUGGACGGCACCCAACUUCCAAUGCAUUCCAUGUGGAGAUACACCUGUGAUUCCGUACGGCUCCUGUGACGGAGGUGACUACAAAAUUGGUGCUAUCAGGAGGUACACAUGCGCGGCCGGAUACCUGGCUGUAGGCGAGCCCUCUAUCACCUGUAAUGCCCAAGCACAGUGGACGAUGCCUCAGAUCAAGUGUUUGCCCUGUGGACCAACUCCACAAAUACCCAAUGGAAUUUGCGAGGAUGGUGAUUAUCGACUUGGAUCUAAACGUACCUUUAAGUGUGAGCCGGGCUAUUUUGCAGUAGGUAAUAAUGUCAUUGAAUGCAACGCCAACGCCCUCUGGACACCUGUCGACUUUCAGUGUAUCCCUUGCGGACCGACGCCCGUUAUUUCACACGGUCAGUGCGGCGGCGGAGAGUUUACGAUAGGCUCCCGGCGUGCACUCACCUGUGAUGUUGGCUACUUGGCCGUCGGUGAUCCAUACAUUCAGUGCUUGGACAACGCACAGUGGUCGGCGUUGAACUUCAUGUGCAAGGCUUGUGGCGACACCCCACUAGUUGCUAAUGGUGAAUGUGGUGGCGGCGAUUACACCAUAGGCGCCAAUAGAUUGUUCUCGUGUUUACCUGGAUACAAGGCUGUUGGAACUGCUGGUAUUGUUUGUCGCAACGACGCCACGUGGUCAGUGCCGGAUUUCAAAUGUGUGCCAUGUGGCGCAACACCGGAUGUUGAGCAUGGUACAUGCGGAGGUGGUGAUUACACAAUAGGCGCCAAGAGAGCGUACACAUGCGCAGAAGGGUACCUUCUUGUUGGUAAACCGGACAUUGAAUGUACUGCCGAUGCUGUUUGGUCAACUCCCUCAUUUAAAUGUACCCCCUGCGGUGAAACUCCUGUAGUGAUGAACGCGAACUGCGGGAGCGGGUCUCACCUCAUCAACAGCGAGCGGAAAUACGCCUGCCACACGGGCUACAUCGCCAAGGGCGACCCUCACAUCACGUGCCUGUCGAGCGCCUCGUGGUCCGUGCCGACCUUCCAGUGUUUGGACUGUGGCCCUGUGCCCGUCGUGGCCAAUGCCUACGCUGGUCUCGGAUCCGCCACUGUUGGAAGCAAGGCCACAUACGUUUGCAACCAGGGUUACACGAUGUCCGGUCAGGGCGAGAGCGUGUGCUUGAACAGCGGUCAGUGGAGCAAACCGACUUUCACCUGCGAAGUUAAGGUUGCUCCUGUCCCAGUCUAUAUCCCGAUUGCCGUCGAUCCGACAGUUUGCGACGCCUGCCGCUACAUCAACGGCGUUGGCUACAACCGACACCCGACGGACUGCAACCAGUACGUGCAAUGCUUCGUCGGCGCCAAGGGUCUCGAACCCGUUUACAGGCGCUGUCCGUUCGGACUGUUCUGGGACCAGAACGUGCUCACGUGCAGACCGGCCGACCAGGUCGACUGCCCGAAUGAUCAGUGCAAGAUUUCCGGCAUGAAGGUGUACAAGCACACGGACCCGGACAACUGCUGCGCCUACUGGAAGUGCCAGAACCAGCGAUCGUUCGGCGAGUGCUGCGGCGAGGGCUUCUCCUUCGACGCUUCUGCCCAGAUGUGCGUGCGAAACUUCGCCUGUACCGCCACAUGCCCGUACAAGGACGAGAUCCCUGCUUGCGACAAGCGCCCAGCCGCCUCUGAAACCAUGUACCAGCAACAUAUCGGCAACAACUUCUGGGUGGACAUGCCUUGUGCCCCGGGUACCGCCUUCCAUCCACUAGACUGCGGAUGCUCCUUGUUGCUAAUGACCUUACCCGGAAAGACUAGGCAGCAAGUGUGCAAGCCAGAACUCUACAUGCCCUUCACAAACGGACUCGACGAUAGGUCGGGCAGGAACGUUUACGUACUUCCGGAAAACGUAAGCGUCUCAGACGGCGCCGCCAUGUUCAAUGGACACUCCCGAAUUCUAGUCAACCGCUUCGCCAACACGGAGUUCUUCGGAAACCUCGUGAUCAAGUUCCGCUACAACGAGUUCAAGACUGGCUCUUACUACCAGCAACUGCAGGCUUUGGUUACCAACGGCGACUGCGGUGCCGAUCCGUCCAUAGUGAUCGCGAAAAUGCCCAACUUCGUGCUCAUCGGCGCCAAGACUGACAAACCGAAAUCUCUGGCACUGCCAACCACGGACAAGGUGUGGAAGGAGGUGAUCUACAUCCACGACGAGAAGAAGCUGGAGGGUAAGGUGUGCGGCGCCUCGUUCAACAAGUGGUCCGUGGGUCCCAUCCAGGCCACACACUGCGCCCUCCAGAUCGGGCGCGGCACCGGGCUCACCUCGUACCACGGGCUCAUGGACGAUCUGUACGUCUAUCAGUGCCGCCCACGUGAAGACAUCCUGAAUAUCGACUACUAGGCUGUGAUACAAACUUUAUGUAAAGCCCUCGUAUAUGAUUGCCAAAACCGUUCGGCUUUGUAAAGCCCUUAUAUGUAAUAGUACAACAUUACGUUCUGAUGAAAAAAAAACGCUGAGUUUAUUCGUGCAACACAACCUUUUUUUAUAUAAAUCUAUGCUAUUUGUAAUUUGUAUCGGUAUCAAAGUGGUAAUGAUUAAUACCAAAGCGAAAAUGUUUUAAAAGUACAGUGUUUGAGAAAGAUUAUUUAUGGAAAUUUAUUUUUUCUCUUAAUUCAAUAUUUUACAACCAAAUUACUUUUGUGUGUGUUUGUUGAAGAACGUGUAUUUUGAACUGGUGUCUUAACGUAAGUCUUUACGUAACUACGUAAAAAACUGCGUCUUAACGUAACUGCGUAAUAAACGUCCUUUAAGAUAUGCAUAAUAAUCAUGAAAGUCCAUUUGUUAUGCGGUUUGUCAAGCCCAUAAACACAAUGAUAUAUAUGAGCUGAAUGGAAAUACGUCUUGACUUAGCUUUAAAUAGUUAAAAUUUAUUGUGAAAUGUGUAUGUGCGUUCAGUUGUGGUUUCGUUCCAUCAAAUUUAAUUGAUUAUAUUAACCACAUACUCUGUUUUGUUUUCGUUUUACAUAUUAUUUAAUUCAUCAAUUCAUCCUUUUGUGUGAAUCGUGUAUGCAUAUUUUGUUUUAUAGUUGUGUUAUAUAAUUGUGUGCAAUACAUUUUCUCCAUAAUCGUAUUUAUCUUAGUUUUGAUACAUGAAAUUAAGUGUUCAUAACAUGAACAUGUAUAUA